GUUGAAGUAUGGAUGGAUGACUUUAAUUCAGAUAAACUGGAUCUAAAUAAUUGGGAAUUUCAAGUGGGAAGGGGUCCUAAUAAUGAUGGUUGGGGUAAUAAUGAGCUACAAUACUAUACUGAUGGUGCAAAUAUUGAACUAAACAAUGGUUUGAUGUCAAUCAAUGUCAAAAUUGAUGAAUUGAAUGGCAGUUAUUAUUAUUAUACAUCAACGCGUUUGCUAUCAAAAAAUUCAUGGACUUAUGGACGGUUUGAAUGUCGGGCUAAAAUGCCAAACGGCAAAAAUCUAUGGCCCGGUAUCUGGAUGAUAGUAACCGAAAAUAACCGAUAUACUAAUGGAACAUGCGAUGAAAUAGAUAUAGCAAUGGUUAAAGGGGAACGACCUAAUCAAUUGCUAGCCAACAUUCACUACUAUGGCGGCAGCGGCGGCGGCAGUCAAUGGCCGUCUAAACAAUUAGUUCAGACCACCCGAAGCAAUGAUGAUUGGUUCAACUUUACCACUGAUUUUUCGGCCAACUUUCACAUAUUCGGUAUCGAAUGGAUUGGGUCGACCAUUAAAUGGAUGGUCGAUGGCCAACAAUUUUUCGUAGAAAAUAUAGCUACUACUGCUGAUGCACCCGAAAAUGAUGGUCAACCGCCAACAGUUGACCACAAGUUUCAAUUGAUAUUAGAUGUAGCAGUGGGUAGUGGUGAUGGUGGUAGUAGUAGACAUUUUUCUGCUAACCCAUUAGAUGAUGGGCCAGUGGUUACUACACUGGACGAGUCUAGACAUUGGACUCAACCCAAUAUGCUGGUCGACUGGUGUCGGGUAUCGCAACUGAAUCAGCCAACUGAUGAUUAUGAUGAUCCACCUAUAAUACUUAGAGACGAUACGGCAGCACCUGAUGCAACAACACUGGCACCCGUUCCUGCAACAACAGCAGCAGCAGCAGCAGCAGGUGCACCCGAUCCGGCAGCACCCGAUGCCGAUACAACCGACGCACCCGAUGCCGAGACAACACAUGCACCCGAUCCUGCAGCGCCAACAUCUCCAGUGACUCCGACCAAAAAACCGGGUCCAUCCAAAAAACCCGGAACAUCCAAAAAACCGGGCCCUACCAAAAAACCGGGACCAUCUAAAAAACCGGGACCUAAGAAACCGGGUCAUACUAAAAAAUCUACACCUAAACAUUAUAAUUAG